AAAAAGAAAAGAAAGGUAAAGAAGGAAAGAGCGAUAGGUCGAUGGAGGCUGAUGAACACCGCCCUGUGAAGCAAUCCGCUGAAAGAUCUGAUUUGAUUGUACAAGAUCAGUUGCGAAGUCCUGAAUCAGAGAGCCAGCUUGAAAGACGACUUAGGAAAAGGAGAGAUGCUUCUGGUGACGAGGAUAAGCAUCUGGAAGAUAAUGGAGAUAACUUGGACAAGCAGUUGUCUAUGAACAAUUAUACUGGCAAAGAUGGCAGAGCUAAAGAUGAGAAGCAUAAGGAUGAAAGAUACAAGGACAAGUAUCAAGAAGAGGACUAUGAAGACGAGUGGCAACAUGAUAAAUUGAAAGAUGAUCAACCAGCAAGUGAUCACGCUAAUUGUAAUAGUGAGAAGUUUUUAAGGGAUGGAAAAGACGAUGUGAAAGUUUGGAGGAAGAAGUCCAAGGCUCAAGAUAGUGACUUUGAGCGUGAUCAUGACCAUGAUAGAGACCGUGAUCGUGAUUAUUAUAGGGAGCGGGAACGCGAUCGAGGGCGUGAACGUUAUCGUGAUCUUGAUCGUGACUAUUAUCGAGAACGUGACCACAGCCGUGAUCAUGACCAUGAUCGUGAUUCUGAUUCUAAAUGGGAUCGUGAACGUGAUUGCCGUUAUAGUGACCGGGACAAAGAUAGAGAUCGUGACCGUGAUGAAUUACAUGAUGAACGGAGGACUGCUAGAUUCAAAGAUAGUAAGGGAAGGAAGCAAUCUCCUGAUGAUCGAUAUGCUGGUAAUGAUACAAAAUCAAGGGGUGCCAAAGUACACUAUUCUGAAAUAGAAAAUAGAUCGACUUCUGGUAGAGUUGAGGUAGAUGCUGAUAGGGGAAGGUCUCAAUCACGCCCAGCCAAUUUAGGUGCAGUUAUGGGUAGCAACAGAAGGAGAGCUUCCCCCAGCUCAAGUUCCAUUGUGGGAAUGAUGAGUAUAG